AUAUUUCUGUAAAUGAUUAUUUUAAUAUAUAGCAAUAAAUAAAAUGAUUCUGAAAAGUUUGCUUUAACGACAUAAUGUAAAUAUGGCUUUAAGAAGACAGGUGAAAAAUGUGGUAAGAAACUUCUCUGAUAUAGAAGUUAAAGUUAGAGAAUCUACCAGUAAUGAUCCAUGGGGUCCAUCAAGUUCGUUAACUAGUGAAAUAGCUGAUGCUACUUAUAAUGUGCAAGCAUUUAGUGAGAUUAUGGUGAUGUUAUGGAAAAGAAUAAAUGAUCACGGUAAAAAUUGGCGUCAUGUUUAUAAGUCACUUGUUGUUCUUGAUUAUAUAGUUAAAACAGGUAGUGAGCGUGUUGCUCAACAGUGUAGAGAAAAUAUAUUUGCUAUAAAAACUUUAAAGGAUUUUCAAUUUAUUGAUAAAGACGGAAAAGAUCAAGGGAUUAAUGUUAGAGAGAAAUCAAAGGCACUUGUUGCUCUGCUUAAGGAUGAUGAACGGUUAAAAGCUGAACGAGAACGUGCAUUAAAAGCGAAAGAAAGAUUUACCCAGUCUCAGGGUGGUAUUGGAAAUACAAGUUAUCCAGGAAACAAAAAAUCUACAAUUUCAAAAUACUCAGGCUCUAAAGGGAGUAUGGAUGACUCAAAUAUUCCUUCACAAUCUUGGCAACCUUCUAAAAAUCAAGAAGAUUCUCGCUCAACAGAUGGACGCAUAACCUCAGAAUUAGAAAAAGUACGCCCUUCAAAUGAAUUAGAAGAAGAAAUGCAACUUCAAAUUGCACUAGCAAUGAGUAAAGAAGAAGCAGAACGCGAACGAAAAUCAGAAGAUGCUGCUUUCCAAAUAGCGGUAAAUAAUUCAACUGCUGCAGCAAGUUCUACUCUUCUUAAUUUGACUGAUUCAGUUUAUAAUCCUCAAUCCAAACCAGAAAGCGAUCCCUGGGGUUGUUCUCAUCCUCAAUCCACACCUUCAGUUCACCAAGAUCCGUGGGGAAAAUCUAAUACUCAAACUUUUUUUGAACCUUCAAAUGUUACAUCUGUUCCCUUAGUUGAUCCAUGGUCAACCUCUACCAAAAAUCCAGUUGAUCCUUGGGCUGCUCCUUCAUCUUACUUGCCUUCGCAACAACCAGAUCUAUGGAGUGGACAGGAUUCAUUAAUGACUCAAAGUCCAUUCAAAGCCCAAUCAUACUCUCCACCUCCCUUAUAUGAACCAUUUCAAAAUGACGUUUCAAAAUCAAAUGUUUACAAUCAAACGUUAGCAGCAACGAAAAAUAAUCAAAGUGGAAGUAAUGCUUCUCAUACGUUCCUAAAAAAUGGUGCACACCUAGUUGAUGUUGAUAACAUAAUAAAACCAGCUAACAAUCAAUCUUUUCACAAUCCGUUUAUGUCCAAUGUACCCGCAAGUAAUACAAAUCCAUUUUUACAAGAUAAGCCGAAACCAAAGUCAAUCAACGAGCUUAGAAAUAAUAAAUCUUUUGCUGUACCUGGCCCUGGAGGUGAUACAUUGCUACCUGCACCAUUGCAGCCAACAAAUAAUUCAGGAAACAACCCUUUUCUCUUGUAGUAUUUUAAUAUCCAUUUUUGCUAACAAUAGUUUUAAUUUUCAUAAUUUCUUUAACCUAAAAACAUUUUUAUUUUUCUUGCUCUCAAAAUAAGUUUUUGAUUUAUUCAAAGUUUGAAAUAGCCUUUCUAUUUCGUUCUGUGAUUUGUUUGUUCCAUAUUUCCUUGUUAAUAACUGUUUCACUUUUUUUGCUAAUAACUGUUUCACUUUUUUAUACCAAAAUCUUCUCAAGACUUUAGUUUUAUUUCUUUUUUUUUAAUUUCUUGGGAACUAAAAGUUAGAUAAAUUGUUUGCAGAUCAUUUAUGCAGUUGUUUAACUAAAAUAUAUUAUCUAUGCACGUAAAUUAUUUGGAUUACUUUUAUUUUUAUAUUUUUGCAGAAUACUUGGUUUUUUAAAUCUAAAUAUAGUAUUACGUGAAGAAUUUAAAAAAAUCUUCUAAACAGUUGUAAAAAAAAAUAAUUUUGUAUAAAGUUUAAGUAGUUUUUAGUUUAUGAUGUAAUUUUUUGCUGUGCUGUUUUUGUUUUUCUUUGCUGUAAAUUUUAAACUCGAUUUCGACUAAAUUUAUUAUAAUAGUGCGUGUUGGUUUGUCUAUUUUGUCAAUGCAUUGUUAAUAAAGUUUUUAUGUCUUGUAAUUGUUAAUGGCUACUCAAGAGAAUGUCUAUAUUUUAUCUGAAUAUAACCACUGUCUUA